GAUCCACCCUGGCCACCAAUGGUACUAAACACGGUGUCACCAACAGCACUUGGAUACAGUAUCACCGAAGGCACUAGGCACGGAAUCACAGCGGUACUAUUACGGCACCGAAAAAAAAACGAAGCAUCAAAAGAGACGAGAUCGUCACUCUCCACAUCCUCAACGGCGAAUCUAACAGCAGCGGCCCAAUGA